ACAACCCACCUAAUUCAAUCCACACGCCGUCCCGUUUCGAGGUGUCACCACUGAUCUUUCGGCCUCGUUGCCCGUAUUUACUGAGAGUUCGAAUAUAACCAUGGAUACCAACAUGGAAGACGUCGGGAGAUCCCCGGAAGUCCAACAAAUCACGUCCAACUCCGAACCCGCCUCCAUCAACACCCUAGACUCGUGGAUCGACAGCCUCAUGAGCUGUAAGCAGUUAUCGGAGGCAGAGGUCGAACGGCUGUGCGAUAAAGCUCGAGAAGUUCUCCAGGAGGAGUCCAACGUGCAACCCGUCAAAUGCCCCGUAACCGUGUGCGGCGACAUCCACGGCCAAUUCCACGACCUGAUGGAACUCUUCAAGAUCGGCGGGCCCAACCCAGACACCAACUACCUCUUCAUGGGCGACUACGUCGACCGCGGCUACUUCUCCGUCGAGACCGUCACCCUCCUCGUCGCCCUGAAGAUCCGCUACCCCCAACGUAUCACUAUCCUCCGCGGCAACCACGAGUCCCGCCAGAUCACCCAGGUGUACGGCUUCUACGACGAGUGCCUGCGCAAGUAUGGCAACGCCAACGUCUGGAAGUUCUUCACCGACCUCUUCGACUACCUUCCCCUCACCGCCCUCAUCAACAAUCAGAUCUUCUGCCUGCACGGCGGCCUGAGCCCGAGCAUCGACACCCUCGACAACAUCCGCGCCCUGGAUCGGAUACAGGAGGUCCCGCAUGAGGGUCCUAUGUGCGAUCUGCUGUGGUCGGAUCCCGAUGAUCGAUGCGGAUGGGGGAUCUCCCCGCGCGGCGCCGGGUACACGUUCGGCCAGGACAUCUCGGAGGCAUUCAAUCAUAACAACGGGCUGACAUUGGUCGCGCGUGCGCACCAGCUGGUCAUGGAAGGGUAUAAUUGGUCUCAAGACCGGAAUGUCGUUACCAUCUUUUCAGCACCGAACUACUGUUAUCGCUGCGGAAAUCAGGCCGCAAUCAUGGAAAUAGACGAGCACUUGAAGUAUACUUUCUUGCAAUUCGACCCAUGUCCGCGGGCGGGCGAGCCUAUGGUCUCCCGACGAACGCCCGACUAUUUCCUGUGAGCGCGACGGGUAUCGGUGGCAUGUCACGAGUUCUCAGCAUCACGAAGCAUAGAAGAUGUGUAUACACUGCAGUUGAAAAACAUUCACGUUGGGCGGAGAAGGAUAAUUUCUCCCGAGCAUCAAUGGUGUACCAUCAGUAAUGAACGAGUAACACUUCGAAGGAAACGUGGUUUUUUCUCUCGAUCUGUGAACAUGUGUAGGGCAGUCCUAUUGAUGUGUAGGUACAGGAUGGUGUUUUGGAGUGGAUGGAGCAGCUCAUCCGUCGAGUCCGGAGUUCCUUAGCCAGCCGACGGGAAUAGAAAUCUACC